UUAAUGAUUCUGUCCCCAUAGGCAUCAAUGAGCUUCUCCCCUGUUCUGAGGCUCUAACAAGAAGCUACGGGGUUUACACUCUAAUUAAAGGGCUUGGGUUAGACCUAAGGAAGAACUUUCUGGCAAUGAAGCUGUAUGACUCAUAUCAUAAAGCUGACAGCUUCAGGGAUGAUCUUGUUGAGAAAGCUGAGACUUACACAGAGCGGUGACUUAGCAAGAUCAUGAGCUCCGAAGAACACAGCCUGCUCAUGGAACCCCCUUCCCUAGGCUGGAGUCUUUGCUCCAGGACGGACUCUCAUGAGGUUGGGAUGUUUACGUGAGCUUCUAUCGGAAAACAGGGCUGUGGGUGAGGUGACCUUUCACGGUCCCUUCCGAGCGAGCCCACCCCCCUCUCCGCCUGAAUCGCCACUUCAGGGACCCAGGGGGGCCAGGCUGCCUGGUUAGGCGUAAUUGAAAGGAGCAGAUGAGGAAAGAAUGCUGGGCAGCCUCCUCCCCUCCCCUGCCCCACGGGGGCUUCAGAGAAACGAAAACUAAUCAAAUUACACCCAACGGCCUCCCUCCCCGUGCACAGGAGCCACUGGCCCUGCUUGGGGCAGGCUGGCCUGGGCUAGGGGACAGGGGGGGCUGAAAGCAGGAGGGAGGAGGGAAGGGGGAAUCACAUCUAAUCCACUGUAAAUGUCUUGAUGUGCAGCAACAGCUUAGAGGGAGGCUCAGGUUUCCAAGGGGUCGGCUAUAUUUAUCUCUGAUUCCAUGCCAGCGGGAAGGGUUUAAAUGGCACCCGGCAGUUGGCGUGAGGGGUUUGAGGGGUUGCAGGAGCCCGGGGGCUGGUGGCAAGAGCAAACAUCUCCCGACCCCAUGGAGCUCUAUGAGACUUCUCCCUACUUCUACCCCGAGCCCCGCUUCUAUGAGACUGAAAACUACCUGCCCGUUCGGCUGCCGGGCUUCGAGCCCCCCAGCUACGAGCGGGCUGACCUCGGCCUGGGCCCCGACUGCCGGGUACCCCUGGAGGAGAAAGGCUCUGGGACCACGGAACACUGCCCAGGCCAGUGCUUGCCCUGGGCCUGCAAGGUGUGCAAGCGGAAGACGGUGUCUGUGGACCGGAGACGGGCAGCAACCCUGAGGGAGAAGAGGAGGCUCAAGAAGGUCAAUGAGGCCUUUGAGGCCCUGAAGAGGAGCACCCUGCUCAACCCCAACCAGCGGCUGCCCAAGGUGGAGAUCCUGCGCAGUGCCAUCCAGUACAUCGAGCGUCUCCAGGCGCUACUCAGCUCCCUCAACCAGGAGGAGCGCGACCUGGCCUGCUACCGCAGUGCCGGGCCACAGCCGGGGGUGCCCAGUGAAUGCAGCUCCCACAGUGCCUCCUGUAGUCCUGAGUGGGGUACUACCCUGGAGUUCAGCAGCAACCCUGGGGACCAUCUGCUCCCAGAUGAUGCUUCAGAUGCCCACAACCUGCACUCCCUCACAUCCAUUGUGGACAGCAUCACAGUGGAAGACGUCUCUGCAGCCUUCUCAGAUGAAGCCAUAGCCAACUGA